GCUGUGCUGCAGCCCGUCUUUUUGGAGCGUCGGUGGUGGGAUUGGAUUGCGGCCGGAGCUUGCCUGACGACCGGGGAGGUCGCGGGCGGCGCCGUCGGAGCGACUCUGGUCCGACAGAUGCUUGUGCGCGGGCGCCGCCAUGCCGUAGCCAAAGGAGGGCCGCGCGGUGGAGCGGGACUGGGGCCGGGGCGCAUCGGUGGCGCAGUCGGCGAAGAGGAAGGGGGCGGGCGCGGUCGGUGCCAACAACGUCGGCGGUAGCCACUGCCAGCUCCGGCGUUGGGGAGCAUUACCGGAGGGUGCGGAGGCUGGAGAAGACAACCCGCUGCUGGUGUUGCUGCUAGUACGGCAAACCUUUUAACGCCACUGCCAUCUGCACUCAAGAUGCGCUGCCGCGCCGCCCGCCGGUGGCCGGUGCACAAACGUUGCAAUGGCGGGAGGACUGGCGGUGCACCUGUGGAAAGAAUGGGGGAUCCAAAUAUUGGUCCUUGCUAGCUUCAUGCUGCAAGUGGUUCUCCUCAUCUUCGCAGGGAUCCGUCGGCGCAAGGCCUCUGCUGCGCUGAGGAUCUUCCUCUGGCUGGCGUACCUGAUGGCGGACAACAUCGCGGUGUAUGCCCUUGGCCACAUGUCCCUCAACAGCAGGCCUUACGAGGACCGGCUAAUCGCGUUCUGGGCGCCGUUUUUCCUGCUGCACCUGGGUGGCCAGGACACCAUCACAGCCUACUCUUUAGAGGACAACCAGCUCUGGAAGCGUCACCUGCUGACUCUGCUAGUGCAGGUUUCAGGAGCCAGCUAUAUCCUCUAUGUUUAUAUUGGCAAUGCGCCGAGCCUGGUGUCAGCGACCAUACUGAUGUUCGUCGUGGGCGUCAUCAAGUAUGCCGAGAGGGUGUUGGCACUCAGGCUCGCCAACAUUGAAAAUCUAGGCACCACUCUGGACAUACGGGAGGGCGAGUAUGGCAGACUGGAUAGAAAAGGCGAUAUGGAUGCAGAGCAAGAGGUUCUGCUGGGAGCUCAUUACCUGUUCAGCUUUUGCAGGAGUGAAUUUCUCGAUCGUGUGCCGACGCUUGGGGCAUACAGUGCCGCUACAGCAAUUAAGAAAAGCAAGCACUUCAAUGGAGGCAUGUACAUGUAUGGGCUGGUGGAGGUGGAGCUCUCUCUUCUGUAUGACUUGCUUUACACCAAGGCACCGAUGAUCCACACUUGGCAUGGCUGCUGCAUCCGUGUUGUCUCUUCGGUUGCCACUGUGGCGGCAUUCUUGCUGUUCCAGCUUGGCGGUAGAGGUGCUUACAACGGGGUUGACAUUGCCAUCACCUAUGUUCUGUUGGUUGGUGCCAUCAUUCUGGAGAUCACUUCUGUACUGAGGGCACUAGGGUCAACAUGGACAUGCGCAUUCUUGCAUGCUCGGAAAUGGGAUCGGUGUUAUGGUGCGGUGAUGUGCCUUCGUCGGUCCGUCAAGGCGGCAAGCAACAGAAGGUGGUUGCAAUCUAUCGGGCAACAUAAUGUGCUGGAUUUCUGCGUCCGUGACAAGACCAAGCUCAGAGACAGAAUUGCCAGGGCAACGGGACUGGGGACCUGGUGGAAGAAACUGCAUUACUCAAGCACCAUUCCUGUUACGCCUGAGUUGAAGGAGUUGCUGAUGACACAGAUGUUGAAGACAAUGCAUGAUUGGAGAAAAUGGAACAUCAGAUAUGUGCGUGGCCAAGCAGCGCUUACCGACUGCGGGAUCUUUGAUGAUAUCGGCCCGACUGUGGAAAAGGAUUUUGAUGAGUGCGUCCUUGUCUGGCACAUUGCGACGGAUAUUUACCUUCACUGCUGCCCGCAAAUUGAAGAGGGACACCCCCUUGUGAAGGCAAUCAAGGUACUGUCCAACUACAUGGGGUUCCUCCUGGUUGUACGCCCCAACUUACUGCCAGGAGGGGUACGCCGCAGCCUUUUCCGUCAGAAUUGCCCUGAUUUGGAGAAAAUGAUGGCUCAACUCUGUGCUGGAGAGUCCAGUGAAGAUGAGGAUGACGGGAGCUGGGAAACGGUUGAACGGUUGGAAGAUGGUACUGGUAGUGGCCAGUCUAUUGGGGAGAAGGAUGAUGGUGCACGGGAAAUUACUGCAGAAGGCGAGGAUGGGAACCACCCUAUGGUCCCAUCCAGCAAGAACCUCGCCAAGCAUGUGCUUCACAAGCACAACAGUGAGCAUAUCGGCGGUGCUUACACCAGGGCUGGUCAUCUUGCCACUAAGCUACUUGACAACAAGUGGAACCUGCCAAACGUGCUGGAGGUCAUCUUCGCGGUGUGGGUUGAGUUCUUGUGCUACGCAGCCCACCAUUGCACUGAUGUUUCCCAUUGCAGGCAGCUCGGCGAUGGUGGUGACUUCCUCACCAUUAUCCGCAUCCUUGUAGAUCACAUCGAGUUGUUUGGAAUCCACCGGCCGGAUACCAACAACGGUGCGUAGGCAUAGUUUUUUUCUUUUCUUCUUCAAAUCCUUGGUUUACUUAUUAGUGUAUCUUUCCAAGCUUUUAUCGAAAUAAUUCUCUAUUUUGUGGGGAAGGAACAAAUGAAAUGAUCGUCUUCAUGCUUAUCUACAAAAGGCCAUCAUCUCAUCCUAGAUUGGCAGAUGAUUCAUCUGUUUUCA